UGUGACACAGCGGCAGAGGCCAGUCAGUGAGAGUUAUCCGUGCGGCUUUAUUGACUCUGCAGCUUUCCGCAGAUGCUGAGGCUGAAUAAAUGAAGAGGAAGUCUGUACUUUUCACUUCUCCUUGGAUGGUUCAAAGGUUUGCAGUCUGACGUAGUGUAAGCUGUCGACAGCUUUGCCUUGCUGGUUGGCUGACUAAGAGCUCAGACUGUGGCUUUUUCUGUUUGGUCGAAGCCUUGGGCGGUGUGUGGGAAUGGCCUACUGCGAAGCCACAGUGAACAGUGACCUGCAGGAUUGGGGCCAGACUGAGGAGGCUGGGGAAAAGGCCAGCCUCCUGCAGAACCCACUGACUACCGAGCAGCUGAGGAGCAGCAGUAAGCGGGAAGGAGACACACCAGCCUAUGGGGCUGUGUUCAUCGUGGUGAAUGCCGCGCUCGGUGCGGGGCUACUCAACUUUCCCUACGCCUUCUUUGUGGCUGGGGGAGUGGUGGCUGGAAUCGUCCUGCAGCUGUGUUUGGUGUUGUUUAUAAUCGCUGGGCUGGUGAUUCUGGCUUACUGUUCACAGGCCAGCAGCAAGGCCACUUACCAGGAGGUGGUGCGGGCAGCUUGUGGACAAGUGGUUGGCACCAUCUGUGACAUCCUCAUCGCUGUUUACACCUUUGGCACUUGCAUCGCAUUCUUAAUCAUCAUUGGAGAUCAGCUGGACAAGAUAAUUGGGGCAUUGAUGCACACACCUGAGGGAGAUGCUUCAGUCAACAGCCAUUGGUAUAGUGACCGCAAGUUCACCAUCUCAGUCACCUCUAUUCUGGUCAUCCUAUCCCUCUCUAUUCCCAAAGAGAUUGGAUUCCAGAAAUAUGCCAGUACCCUGAGUGUGUUGGGGACUUGGUAUGUGACCAUCAUAGUUAUCGUUAAGUACAUCUGGCCAGAUCAAGGUAUCAAUAUCGGCGAUAUCCCAACCCGCCCGUCCUCCUGGAUGGCCGUGUUUAAUGCGAUUCCAACCAUCUGCUUUGGUUUUCAGUGUCACGUCAGCAGUGUUCCGGUGUUCAGCAGCAUGGAGAGGCCGGCGGUGCAGCGUUGGGGCUGGGUGGUGACAGCGGCUGUGGUGAUCUGUCUGUUCGUGUACACAGGCACAGGAGUCUGUGGUUUCCUGACGUUUGGAUCCAGUGUGAAUGUUGAUGUAUUGCUGUCCUACCCGUCAAACGAUAUCGCUGUUACUAUUGCACGCGCCUCCAUCAUCCUUUGUGUGCUCACAUCCUACCCCAUCCUUCACUUCUGCGGCAGGGCGGUGAUUGAGGGCCUUUGGCUUCGUUACAAGGGUGAGGAUGUCGACAUGACACGGGAGAGGUGCCGCCGGGUGCUGCAGACCCUGACCUGGUUCUUCCUGACCUUGGUACUGGCACUUUUCAUCCCAGACAUUGGGAAAGUGAUUUCUGUGAUUGGAGGUUUGGCUGCCUGCUUCAUCUUCGUCUUCCCAGGACUCUGUCUGAUUGAAGCAAAACUUGCGGAAAUCCAGCAUGUCGACUCUGCCAGCUGGUGGGCGUUAGUGCUCUGUGGGAUCCUCAUGGUGUGUAUGGGAGCUUUCAUCUUUGGCCAGAGCACGGCGAACUCUAUCUACCAGGACAUACAUAAGUGACCACAGACCUUGCAGGCUUUCUCUUCACCUCCUUUAAUAUUUUACACAAGAGGCUUGGUGGCUAAGCGACCCAGUCUUAAGGGAACUGAACUGUAUCAUCAGUACAAUGUUUACAGAGACUCUGCCUGGCCUGUGAGCUGAGACACGACUAGAACAGGGUCUGCAUGGCACGAUCAGAUUCUGCAAUAAUCUCUGCUCUGGUACUUCCUGCUUAUGAGUGUAUGGGUGAUUCUGACACUCAAACACUUGUUCAUCAGUUUUUUUUUCUCAAGGUCCUGUUUACUCUGCAACUGUCCGGUGUGUAGCUGAGGCAAUGGGGCAGCACAUUUUUCAGGCACUCCACUGUCACUAACUAUGCAGCAGGUGCUGUGGUGGCAGGAGACUUUAGGGUGUUUCCCCAGCGCCCCCUCCUCUCCCCUGAAGACCUGGUUCAAUGCGACCUCUCUGUUUCCAACUGCAUGGCCAGCAGUUUGACUCCUGUUUCUGUUCUUGAUCCUGGGACUAUGGUGCUGAUAAUUCUCUCUCCAGAAUGUGGUUUAUCUUUUUGUCUGGCAGGAUGUCUCUCAGUCCCAACUGGUGAGGCACACUGCAUGAUUUGAGCUUUGUUGAUCAGGACUGAGCUGGAAUGGGUGAGUUUCAGUCACCUUAUUUAAGCUUGUGGUUGAACCGUGACACUUAACUAUGUCUGAGCACAGCAUUGUACUCCCAUGUCUGUGUGUUACAAGUGUGGAUGUGAUGAUGUUGGUGAAAACUUUGUAAACGAUUGCUCUUUAUGGUGAGAUUUUUAACAUAACAGUUUCUGUCUGAAUCUUGUGGCCAUUCUGACAGCAAUAAAAUAGUGCAGUUGACAAUAGGCCCAGUUCUCAUUGAAACACCAAGCACAUGAACAUCCUCUCCCUCCCUGAGCCCAUUACUAACUCUAGCUUUCACAGAUCUGGUGACACUAAUUCUGCCCUGUGUGUUACUGUGUUGAGCUACUGUUUAUUUAUCGAGCUCUAUGCAGCUUGUUGCAGUUUUGGUCAGUAGCUGAGGUUCGAACAGGCUCUUCAGAAGGGAUUUCCCUCUAGAAUAACUGGGGAGUCUGAUGUCCAACUCAUCCUGUUAACACCCAGUGCCCUGAGCUCCCAUGUUUAGUAUAACUGAACAUACAUCCACAGGGACUGCAGCGGUUCAAGAAGGCAGCUCAGCACCGCCUUCUCCAGGGAAUUAGUGAUGGGCAGUAAAUGCAGACCCAGCAAGUGAAGCCCACAUCCCGUGAACAAAUAAAAAGAAACUUUCCUGAUUCCUCUUUCCCAGUCACCAGUCACCUUCUAUCCUUAGUGACAGCAUCAGGCAGCUUCUGAGCAGCUGUUGCUGCUACGUUUCACCAGUGUUGCCCCAAGCUUGAUAUUACAUGCAUAUGAAUUAGGAGCAUUCAGCCCCUUGAGCUUGCUCUGCCAUUUGAUUAAAAUUAACAGCUGAUCUGAUUUUGGCUUCAACUCUACUUUCCCCUCUACUCACAAUACUGUUUUGAGUCCCUUGUUAAUUAAGAAUCUAUCUAACUCAGCCUUAAAAAUAUUCAUUGGAGGGACAGGAAGGCUGUGCAAAGCAAAUCCUUUGCCGAAAUCUCGGGAUGGUCUUUACUGAUCUGGUUGCUGUCCAUUUCUCCCACAGCUGGGGAGGGAGGGCACCACUGAAAUGAUUGACAGAGGGAAGAAGCUCUGAUUCACGGCUGUUGAGCUGUAGGACAGGGUUAGUUUAAUGGCAGAAUCAGGCAACUUACCAGCCACUAAUUCCAGGUUGCAGAUGUGGGUUUGGGUUGGCAGCUGUAAACUGCUCUUUCCUGUUUCAGUGAAGCCCGUCCUCUGAAACACGCAGACUCCCAGUCAGCCAGCCUGUAUCUGUAUCUCUGUGUUUGAUAAUGAAAGUCACUGCUGCUGUCUAAUGGUUCUCAACUUUUUGUAAAAUUUACAUUUUUCACUAGAUCCACUUUCUUUAAAAAUAUACUAUACUGAAAGAAUACUUAUGCUGCAGUGAUAACUGCCUUAACUGGGCUGUGAAUCAGCCCACACACCACAAGGCUCAAUCGUUGGUCUGCACUGAGUUAAGCAAUCACAGCCAUGGCUGAGAGAUAGCCGAGCAUCCAGCUCCUCCAUAGCCAUUCUCUUUCUCUGUAUCCUCCUCUAGCCCAAUACCCCUCCCCACCUUGAGAUAUUUGUACUGCUCCAAUUCUGACCUCUUGCCCAUGCCCGAUUUCCUUUACCCUUUCAUUGGCGGCCAUGUCUUCUCUCUGGACCCUGAGCUCUGGAAUUCCGCCCCUAAACCUCCCUGCCACUCUCCCUCAUUUUCAGACACUCUUUCACGUGUUCUUUGACCAAGCCUUCAGUCACCUAUCCUAAUAUCUUCUGGUGUUACUCAGAUUUUGUCUGAUCAUCGCUCCUGUGAAGUACCUUGGGAUGUUUUACUAGUUAAAGGUGCUAUAUAAAUGCAAGUAGUUUUCCAUAGACUGGGUGAAGGAAGGAGACCAGAGUUCCUGACUACUAUCAACUGCUGGAAAGUGUUACUCGAGACUAAUCUAGGCCAAGACUUCCAUAAGAAUUGAGUGAGUAAUGCAGUGUCGAGGUUGAUGCUCUUCAGGUGAGGCUCCAUCUAUCCUGUUCCAGCUGAAUGCUGUACCUCGUGGCAGCCCUGGUGUCCUGGCUAACAGUCUUUCAUCAACCACCAGUUAUUUACCUAUGACAGUUAGAAGGAUUUGGUUAUGUGUAAGAUAAGCUGUGAUAUGACCUGAUGUUAAUGCACUAUGCAUCAAAGUAACUCCUUGUAUGUGAGGUUUUUAUAUGAAGGUAUUAAAUGAAAAUGUGUCCCCUGAGGGGAAAUAUUUGAAGGGAGAGAAAUUCCUGAAAAUUUGGAUCUAACCUCUCCAAGUGGAGGUAACACUGGCUCAAAGGACGAGUUUAGCUUAUAUUUCCUUGUCCCUUCUCGAGGCACCCCUGCUAGAUGAGAAUUUGGAUUCAUGGCCACUGACCUUCCUCAUUACCUAACCUUCUGUGACUGUACCUGGGCAGUGAAUGUAGCGAAGGUAUUUGACUGUGGCAGGCCUGUCCCUUUGUCCAGUUUCCUGAAUGGGGUACUAGAUAGUGAUCAGGAUGUGUAACUCUGGCUCUCAACACAAUGUUAUUAAGCGUCAAGGAGAGAGUCUGGGCUCUUCAACCUGAGCUCUGUGCAUGGAUAAACUGAACCAAUGGGCCUCAUUAAUGCAGUGAUUCUUGUUUAACAGUCACUUAGGACGCAUCUCGUACCAUUCCACCAUGUCUGACUUCAAUAAACGCUGAGCACUCAA